AUGGAUCAAUACAGCCAUCCAAAUCAUCCAUACUACCGGCGCAAAGAGCCUGCUCGACGCCGGAAAGAUCCUUAUGGUCCUCCUCUGACCUUUUUCGAGCCACACGCCUAUCAUCCUCCACCGCAGAACCCUAAUCAGCAAGAGGACAACUUGAGGAUCAGCAGACUUUUGGGACAUCUCGAAGGAAACGAGUUCCUUGAUCAACAGAUUCUCACCGAAAACACACUGCUUAAGAGAAUUGAUCCUGAUGAAGAUGCACAACAACACCCUGGUGUGAGUUCAGAUGAUGCUAGUUUACCAAAGAAAGAAGCUGAAGAGGUGAAAGCCGAGGAAGAGAUUUUUUCAUUCUACCCAGUCGAGGCGAAGCGAGAAAUUGAACGCCUAAUCUCGAGCCGAGCCGCCUCGUCUUCCAGGCAAACUAGGGUUCAAAAGAAGAAGCUACGACCAGAUCCUCCCGGCUCUUCCUUAUCUUCAGUCGAAUCCCUAGAAGCCCUUCGUAAUCGUUUUGGGAUUUCCAAGGAGGUUGAGUUCGUCGUACCGAGGCCCACCGAUCGUGCUCAUCUUCCGCCUGCCGAUCACUUCACCGUCUAUGAAGGCUUCUUUGAUCUCUGCUUUCUGUGGUUCCCUAUUCCCGAAAUUAAGCCGAGAGGACUUCGGUAUAUGAUCGGGAUUUUGGUGCGGAGUUACGAAUCUCGCAUAGACAUCAAACUUGACUACCUGCUGAAUUCGUUGGAAAUCUGUAAGGCUCCUGGUGGGAAGAAUUUUGAUAUCUCGAGCAAGGCGCGCCGAAAGAUUAUCAGCGGCUUUCCCAGCAAAGACAGUUUUUGGGAUGAUUGUUUUUUCUUCGUCCGGGUCAACAGGGCAUCAAUUGGUGAUAACUUUAUCCGCAAGACCAAGACCGAUUGGGGACCGCUUGUUCGCGAUUUCCUUCCUCCGUGUCACGACGAUCUGUUCGUGGUUUGGGAUACACUAGCUGCUGGGAGGACUAAUUGGAAAUGCCACUUCUCCCUCGAAAGAGUUAAAAGAGCCCGAUCCAUUUUAGUGGGGGUUUCGGUUAGCUCGGAGUUAUCCAAUUCAUCAAGAGAUACACAAGAUAAACUGGUGGUGGAGACUUUCAGGGAAAGGAAGAAGAGAGAAGCUGAGGAGAUUGCCAAACGAGCUGAGGAAAUUGUCAAACGAGGGGAAGUCAUGUCUUCUCCUGACGAGCCGAGGACUGCGCACAAACCUAGCGACGAGGCGCAUGUUGUUGAUUCGGGAGAUGCCGAGGGCAAAACUGGCGAUCACGAAGAAGGGGGAUUGCUGCCGAGACGACCUCCAACAUCCCCGACGAACAGAAAGAUUCUGCUGGUUUUUUUCUCUGUCUGUCAGUUUAUCGCUGCGGUGAACGAGCUGUUGGCUGGGUACGAAGCCGACGCGCUCAAGGAUGAGCGUCGUGUGGACGAGGCAAAACAUGACGCUUCGCUGUCCAAAACCGAGCUGGACAAAGCAUUAGCAAGAAUUGCUGCGCUGGAGGGAGAGAAAGGGACUAUAAAGGCCGAUCUUGAUAAGGCGGUUAUUCGUUUUGAGGAGUCUCGGGUCCGAAAGAAUAGCGAAAUUGCUUCCUUGAAGAGGCAGAUCGCGGCCAAGGAUGCACUUCUUGAGUCUCGGGUGAAGGUCGCUAAAAAGGAGGACAGGCAUGAGGCGGCGGCUAAGUUCCAGGAGCGUCUAGCCGAGAUCGAGAAGAAGAUGGGAGAUUUGGAGAAGGCAAAAAGAGAUGAAAACGACCUCGGUCAAAUUCGGAGCAACCUUGUUCUUAUCGGCGACCUUUGGAAACCAGAUGCGAGCCUCGACAUGGAAGAGGAGAAACUGAAGAGCUGGGAGGCCGAGCUGAUUGGAGCCGAGGAGGUGUUCGAGCAUCCUGUCACAGAUCUGAGGGAGAAAUUAGUCGUUUUUCCGGUUUCCCCGGACUCCGUUGACUCUUGUAUGGGUAACAAGCCGCUCGACGUAUCCGCCGCUGCGGUUGGAAUUGUGGAUCCGACGGGAUCUAACAUGAACACCCCGAGGGCUAAUGAUCUUGCAGCUGAGGGCGUCUUCGAUCCGAACCAGGAGGGAUAG